CAUAAAGUGAUUUGAGUACGUGUCCGCGUUGAGUACCGUUCUGUCAUUGUAAACUAUAUGAUUGUUAACUAAACCCACAAACGUUACAACUUGGAAAAUACAUUUAUUGUGUAUAAAGUAUAAGUACGAUUGUGGAAAGCGCAGGCGGCAAACGGAGGCUGUUUUAUCGUAAGGAUCUAGCAGUGGUUGUAAACAGCUGUUCAAUCACAGAUGAUAAGGACAAUGACUCAAAACUGUACGGUGGAGGACCGACACUGAAUACUGGAGAGGAAAAAUGGUCCUGGUCUAGUUUUAGAUUGUUCAAUUGUUGUCAUUUGAAAAUUUUGCACGAACUGCAAACAUGGCUGCCAAAAUAAAUGGUGAAUUCGCUAUUAGCAAUGGUCAGUCAAAAAUCCAGACAAUCGGAGAACCGGUUAUAAAUACUGGAUGUAGUACAAUGACUGUUCAAACACCAAGAAAAAAUGAAGAUAAACCACUUUUGACAGGCUCGACUAUUAUGUAUAAUGAAAAUGGAAACAAUUCUCUUUCUCCAUCAUCCAAAACAACUACAGGGGUGGAUUUUCCUGGUAACUCAAAAAAUGAGUUCGCGGAAAAAGAUGGAGGUUUUAAUGGUAUAACAUCAGAUAACAAUCCAUUGUUAAAUCGACAGUUAGAAAAUCCAACAUCGAAUUUAGAUACAAUGAUACAUUUAUUAAAAGGCAAUAUUGGAACAGGAAUCUUAGCUAUGCCUGAUGCAUUUAGGAACUCUGGUUGGCUCGUGGGUUUGGUUUGUACUGCACUUUUAGGAGCUAUUUGUACACACUGUAUGCACAUGUUGGUACGAUGCUCCCACGAGUUAUGCAUUAGAACACAAACUCCGUCACUUUCGUUUCCUGAUGCUGCAGAAAUGGCUUUUGAAUAUGGACCCUCUAAAUUACAGAAGUAUUCAAAAAUUGCUAAUAAAAUAGUUAAUACGUUUUUAGUAUUAACACAAUUGGGAUUUUGUUGCGUGUAUUUCUUGUUUGUAGCCACAAACCUUCAGGAGGUUAUUGCACACUACUUCUUUUAUAUGCCAGUGCAUACUUAUUUAGUUUUACUCUUGGGGCCUAUGAUUCUUUUAAAUUGUGUAAAAAGUCUCAAAUACUUGACUCCUGCAUCUCUCCUUGCUACGAUCCUCACAACAGUUGGAUUAGGAAUCACGUUUUUCUACUUACUCCAAGGUCUCCCAAAAACAACAACCGUUAAAAUAUUCUCGUCUUGGCAUCAAUUACCUCUAUUUUUUGGUACUGCAGUGUAUGCUUUCGAAGGAAUCGGAAUGGUUUUGCCAUUAGAAAAUAAUAUGAAAAACCCAGAAGCUUUUGGAGGUUGGACAGGUGUGUUAAACACAGGUAUGGUUAUAGUAACCUGUCUCUAUACUUCCAUUGGAUUUUUUGGUUAUUUAAGAUAUGGUGACGAAGUUAAAUGUGGAAGUAUUACUUUAAAUCUACCCGCACAAGAUAUAUUGGCUCAAAGUGUACGGUUAGCAAUGGCGCUUGCAAUCUUUUUAUCUUACAGUCUCCAGUUCUAUGUUCCAAUGGGUGUUAUUUGGCCAGCUAUUAAAGGAUAUUUUCACUCUCAGGCUAGCCAAAAAAAUGCAGAAUUAUGUGUCCGCGUUUUUCUUGUCACUGUUACAUUUGCUUUAGCAGCAGCCAUUCCAAAUUUGUCAGCUAUUAUAUCACUAGUUGGAUCAUUCAGUAGUUCAGCUCUAGCAUUAAUAUUCCCUCCGAUUAUAGAACUCAUGACAUUUUGGGAACAAACCUCUGGCAAAGAGUUUACACUUAUGUUUAUUAAAGAUGUUAGUAUUAUUAUAAUCGGUUUGCUAGGCUUCGGAUUUGGGUCCUACACGAGUUUUUGGAAUAUUUUCCAACCCUUAAAUGCUUAAUUUUGACGUUGGUCAGAAUAGCACAACGAUUCUCACCAGUAUUUUAACUAUUGAUCUUUAAUAUUGAUUUGUCUUCCUAUAUCAGUUAUUUUAAUUAUGAUUAUAUUCUUCCUUAACUAUUUAGUAACAAUUAUGUUAAUUAUUUGCUUAAUUAAUUUGUAAUGAUACUAUAGCUGCUAAUUUUUAUUUUUUUUUUUUGAGAAUUACUUAUUUAUUUUCUAAAGAUUUGUAAGGAAAAAAAUCAAUAGAAUAUUGUCAUUUAUUUUUACGUACUAAACAUUAUAAUAUUACCGACUUUAAUAACUUCCAUAUUUUAAUUUUUUUAAUUUUUUUAUCAAAUAUUAAUUUAACUCAAUUUAUAAUUGUAAUUUUUCUUUUCGUCUAAAAAUACCAUAACAUUAUUAUCGUUUUAUAAACCAUGAAUAUUGUGAUUAUUACCAAAUAGAUGUUAGUAGUUUUUAUUAUUAAUUGACAUUAUUGUGAAUUAUAUAAGUAGGCUAUAUAUACAAUUGACGUGGAAAAAUACAUUCCUAAUAUUAUGAGUGAAAACCCUAGUAAUUAUUACCAUGUUAACCAAAUUAAGUAUAGAAAGGCAAUAAAAAAAAUAAGCAAACAAAUAAGUUUUACCUUAAUGCAUAGUUUAUACAAACUUAUAACAAGGCCUACUAAGCACUUACAAUAAGUUUUAAUAUUAGCACAAUUAAAUUAAAUUAACAUUAUGUUAUAUUUCUUUAAUCGCGAUGUCAAAAUGCUGUUACAGUACAUCUUAUCUGUUCUUUAAAAUAUCUUUUAGCGUAUUAUUAUAAUAGUAAUUGUUGUACAAUUUAAUACAAAUUAAAAUUACGUUAAUGU